AUGAUCAAGCAGACCGGUUCCUUGAUCACAAAAUGGUGGAGCAACCCUCCAAGAAUAUGUUUGUUUACACAGUAUAAUUACUUUUCAUCAAAAUCCAUGAAAGUAGCUAUUCUCGGCGCUGCCAGUAAAACGGGAAGUUGUCUAUCGCUAUUUCUUAAACAAUCGUCGCUCAUCGAAGAAUUAGCAAUUUUCGAUAAUAAAUGCACAUACGGGCUCGCGUGGGAUUUAAAUUACAUUGACACGAAAUGUAAGGUUAGCACGUGCAACUCUUCCGAAGCAUGUUUAAAGCAAACGCUCGAGGGGGCAAAAAUAGUAAUGAUUGUAGCUGAUCAUGUAAUCAAGAAAAGAAGCGAUGGUCGACCUGAUCACCUAUUAAAAUAUAAUGCCGACACCUUAUCAGACUUAUUACCAAACGUUAUUAAAUAUUGCCCCCAGGCUAUGGUUGCAGUAGCAAUGCACCCGAUAAACAGCUUAAUACCUCUGGCGAUAGAAAUGUACAAACAAGCUGGGGUACACGAUUAUAAUCGUUUGUUUGGCCUGAUUAGCGUUAAUUGUCUCAGAGCGAACACUUUCGCCGCGGAAGUAAUUGGCGUCGAGCCGGAAUGUGUGACGAUACCUGUGAUAGGUGGAAGUUGUUCGGAGACAUGUAUACCCAUUUUUUCGCAAGCGAAGCCUUGCAACGUAAUAGCUCAGGAAGAAGCAAGAAGAUUGACAAGAGCAGUAAGAUUGGCAGACGAAGAAGUAUCUAAAAUGAAUAAAAAGCCAACGUCUUUUGCAAUGGCUUUCGGAGCAGCUAGAUUUUGCGUGUCCCUUUGUAAAGCUUUGCGACACCAACGCGAUGUCGUGGAAUACGCCUAUGUUCGAUCCCAUGUGAUACCAGAAAUAAAAUACUUCGCUGGUCCCUUAAAAUUAGGCCCAGAUGGGAUUCAAAAGCAUUUAGGUAUUCCACCUUUGAAUGAUUACGAAAGCAAGUUGCUUAAAGUAGCUGUGCCUGCUUUAAAAAACGCAAUUUUACUUGGAGAGGAUCUUGCUUUGGGCCAUGAAAAUUAUGUAGCCGAAGCGAAUCAAGCAAACCCAUAUAAUCUGUCAUAG